CGAGCGCCAUUUUGUUUCCCUUGGCUUCAAUUGUUUUCCUGCCGGUCGCCGGUGAGGUGUUGCAACUGCGAGGAAGAAAGCCAUGGCGUUAUUGAUGGAGAAGGGUGCUGAACCUCAAACGGAGAGUGAAUUAGCAGACCUUGAUGCUAUCUCUGCUCUCAAGGAGUCCGCUGCACUUGAACUCAAAGAAGAAGGUAACAAGUAUGUGAAGAUGGGAAAGAAGCAUUAUUCAGAGGCUAUCAACUGCUAUACAAGGGCUAUAAAUCAGAAAGCUUUAAGUGACAUGGAGACCUCAAUGAUAUUUUCUAAUAGGGCACAUGUAAACUUACAACUUGGAAAUUAUGGGCGUGCUCUUUCAGAUUCAGAGGAAGCCAUCAAGCUCUCCCCAACAAAUGUCAAGGCUUUUUACAGAGCAGCAAAAGCAUCAUUAUCUUUGAAUAAGUUGGUUGAAGCACGAAGGUUUUGUGUAAAAGGACUGGAUGAGAAUCCAGAUAAUGUAGAACUAAAGAAGCUAUGUGAGGUGAUUGAUUCACAAAUAUCACAACGCCAACAACACGAGGCCCAAGUUUCCAAAGCUUUGACAGCAGCUAAGGAUCUAGUGUCAGCAAUUGAAGAGAGAGGAUUGAAGAUUGGAAAGGCAAUGUUCCAAGAAUUAACAGGAUUGAAAAAGCCGAUAUUAGAUAAAGAUCGUAUACUUCACUGGCCUGUUCUUCUUCUUUAUGCAGAGGUUAUGUCUAGCGACUUCAUUGAGGACUUCUGUGAGACUGAUAUGUUUUCACCUCACCUUGACCUCAUGUUCUCAGAUAGUGGUGCACCAUUGCCAUGGGAUAAAGAGAAUGCUUACACUCGUGAUGCCAUUGAGUUGUACUAUGAGGCGGGAUCAGGGGUAGGUCUGUCCAAGAAGGAAAUUAUUAGCAAUUUCUUACAGGGUACAGUUGCUUCCCAUCUUGAGACAUUUGGUGAUGAUGAUGAAACAGAUGCAGUUAAACCUUCACCUUCAGUUGGGGGAGAAGGUGGUUCGAAAUGGGUGAAAGUGAACGAAAGAAGAACCCUUCAUUCGGUUCUCAAAGAAGACAAAUUUGUUAUCCCUGGGAUUCCUGUGUUUUUUGCUGUUUCAAAAAGAUCAAAGAGCUUCUACAAAAAAUUCAAAUCUGGGAAUUGGUCCCUUCCAUCCUGAAAUUUAAUGAAAAAACAAAAUCAGACCCCGCCCUCGUUAUAAAAUAUUUUUGUAUUCAUGUUUAAUGCCAAUGUUCUAAAAGUUUGGGUGGUUCAACAAGUUUUAUUUAUUGUUAAAUGAGUGAUUAUCUGGAGUCAUAAUUAAUCUCAUAUCAUUAACAAUAAAAUUAAAUACAGUUGCUAAUUUAUUAUUUCUGUUAUACUGA